UCUGGAGUAGAGCGGACAGACAUUUACACAGAGAGACAGAUCAGUCAGAGACAGACAGAGGCAGUGAGAGGGACAGAAGAUGCUCUUCCUAGCCCUUCUCCUGGGCAUCAUGGUCUGCUGCACAGCCCAAGAGCAGAGCCCUCCAGUGAUCAAGCUGAACUCGGUGGUGCUGAGGGAGGCUGUGUGGACUAUCCCUGUUGGAACCUCAUCUUUCACAUUGACCUGUGAGGGGUACAGCACAGUCGCCUGGUCAACCACAGCAUUCAAACUCAUGAGGAAAACUAGACUGGGGAGUGUGAUUACCACCAGGCGCCUUACAGUAGACUACACUGGAACAUACAAGUGCAUGUAUGAGAACCAACCAGACCUCAUCUCAGAGGUCCACAUCUAUGUGAAAGAUCCCCAUAACAUCUUGGUGACCCCUCGAACCCUGGGAGAUGUGAAGGAGGGCAGUGAUGUUCUCCUCUGUCAGCUGACAAACCCCAUAGCCACCGACCUAUCCGUCCGUAUGGCCAACGGAGACCCGACACCCCCCGACAUGAACUACACUGUCAACCCAAAGAGAGGAAUCCUCAUCCGAUACCUUCUGACCAGCCACAGCGCAGACUACGUCUGCAGUGCAAAGAUCAAUGGGGUCACGAAAGUCUCCAAAGUUGUCCCCAUCUUCGUCAUUCAAAGCUUGCGUUUGCCACCAUCUGUUCUAAUUGAGGUAAAUGGGUAUGUUCGUAUUGUUGGAGAGCAGCUCCUGAUCCCCUGCAUUACCAGCAACCCUAACCACUUCUACAACGUGACGUGGAAACACUCCUCCCUCAAAGUAUUGGACUUUUCACAUAAAAUGAUACAAGAGGACCAGAGUAAUCAAGUGCACAUCACCAGUAGUGUGACUAUUCCAGCUGUGGCCAUGUCUCACACAGGAAACUUCACCUGUACAGCCAUGAAUGAGGCUGGGUUCAACAGCUCCACCACCUACCUGCAGGUUGUAGAUAAGCCUUACAUGAGGCUCAUACCCCGCCGGUCACCAGACCUCUACUUAAAUGGCUCCUUAGUUGAAGUGAACGAAGGAGAAAACCUUGAGAUAAACAUUCAGAUCGAGGCGUAUCCCCAAAUCAAGGAGCAGUGGUGGGACAUCCCCAUGUCUCACAAUCACAACAUCUCCACUCAUGACGACACAUGGGCCGUCCGAUUCAAUAACAGGUACGAGAGCAGCUUGCUGCUACAGAGAGUGAGGUCUGAGGAGAGAGGCCAGUACACCCUCCACGCCAGGAGCACAUGCCUCAAUGGCUCCAUCACCUUCAAUGUCCAAGUCUACCAGAAACCCAGUGCCAUGGUGAGACUGAAGAAUGUUACCACCCUGACCUGCACCGCCUCUGGGUACCCAGCUCCCACAAUCCUCUGGUACCAGUGCCCAGGAAUACAAAACACGUGUGAUGGUGAUAAUGCCACCGUGGAGGUGCAGCCUCUUCUCACCAGCACCAUGGAGGUGCAGAGUGAGCUGACCCUCAGUCCCUCAAGUAUGGAGGUCACAGUGGAGUGUGUGACCUUUAACCUGGUUGGUAAAGAGCGGGACAUCUUCGUAUUGCGUGUCCCUGCUGCGACUUUACAAACAUUUGUAACGCCCAAGCUGUUCACACCCACUUUCAUUGGAGCCACCAGCACAGCAACCCUUCUGUUCCUUCUGCUUGUCAUCGUCCUGUACAAAUACAAGCAGAAACCAAAAUAUGAAGUCCGGUGGAAGAUCAUUGAGGCCAAUGAUGGGAAUAACUACACCUUUAUUGACCCUACACAACUUCCUUAUAACAAGAAGUGGGAGUUCCCGCGUGACAAGCUGAGGCUUGGCCAGAUUCUGGGAGCAGGGGCUUUUGGGAAAGUAGUGGAGGCCACUGCCUAUGGUCUGGGAACAGAUGACAACAUGACCACGCGCGUGGCUGUAAAGAUGCUCAAGCCAAGCGCCCACUCCGAAGAGAGAGAAGCUCUGAUGUCAGAGCUGAAGAUCCUCAGUCACCUGGGAUCUCACGACAACAUUGUUAACCUGUUAGGGGCGUGUACUCAAGGAGGCCCAAUGCUGAUGAUCACGGAGUACUGCAGCUAUGGCGACCUGCUGAACUUCUUGCAUAGCAAGGCCAAGCUGUUCCUGUACUCUAUCCCGAGCGGACCAGGGUCUCCAGAGGAUCCACGGGUUCCAGAGAACCGUGAUCACUACAAGAACACAUGUGCACAGGAGUCCCGUGUAAGGAGUGACAGUGGGAUCUCCUGCUCCAGCUCAGACAACUUCCUGGACAUGCAUCCAGCGCAGAGACCGAAACACUGUCCUAUGGUUUCCCUAUGUGAGGAUCCCGACACAGGCACCUGGUCGCUGGACAUAGGAGACUUGUUGAGGUUCUCCUCUCAGGUGGCUCAGGGAAUGGACUUCCUGGCAUCCAAAAAUUGCAUUCACAGGGACGUGGCGGCUAGGAACGUCCUCUUGACCGAUGGCCGUGUGGCUAAGAUCUGCGACUUCGGCCUCGCCAGAGACAUCGAGAAUGACUCCAACUAUGUGGUGAAAGGAAAUGCCCGUCUGCCAGUGAAGUGGAUGGCCCCUGAGAGCAUCUUUGAAUGUGUGUACACAGUGAAGAGUGACGUCUGGUCCUAUGGGAUACUGCUGUGGGAGAUCUUCUCUCUGGGUAAGAGCCCAUACCCUAAUGUUGUGGUGGACACCCGGUUCUACAAGAUGAUCAAAGAUGGAUGCUACAUGUCUCAGCCGGACUUUGCCCCUCCAGAAAUAUACACCAUCAUGAAAAUGUGCUGGAACCUGGAACCAACAGAGCGUCCGACCUUCAGUACCAUCGGACAACUUAUCCAAAGGCUACUGCCUGACCAGCCAGACCAUACCUACAGGAAUGUGCAGGAUAAGACUCCACAGCAGGGGGCAGGAGAGCAGGGGGACCCAGCUAAGACGAAUGGGGAUUGUGAUCAGACACUGAACCAGGAGGGAGAGGAGGAGCCCCUGAUGAAAAAGAACCACUACCAGUUCUGCUGAGAGCACAUCAGGCCAUCAUCAAUGACUAUACAUUCACGUUAACAUCUGUCAAUCACAGGCAAGAGAUGGGUGGAUACACACCAGUUUAUCCAAAUGUCUUGAUUCUCAUUGUACUGAACAUGAUUUCAGUGCCACACAGUAGCUGCCAGUAAAGCAACAUUGGGAACUAAGCUUUUAUGCCUUGAUCAUGUUAUGCCUUGAUCAUUGAUCAAAUGACCAAAAGCUCAUAAUUAGGUCAUAUAAAUCUAAUUAUCUUUAAAAGCUGCAAUAUGUACGCUUUUGGGUGACCCCACCAAAUUCACAUAGAAAUGUGAGUUAUAGAUCUGUCAUUCGCAGUGAAAGCAAGUCUACGAAGCAGUAGAUCUGUUCUGUGCACUAUUUCUGUUCUGUGCACUGCUUUUCCGUUCACAAGUUUCAUUUUUGCAUCUUUCACUUUCUAUUUUGUACACAAGCUUCAAGCAGCUGAAAAAAAACAAUAUAUUUUGUUAUUUCACAGAGGCUUAGACGGUACAAUGAUUCACAACACUAUACUUGCUUGUUUUGUCAUAAACUGAAAUGAGGCAUGCUAUUAGAAUGUUAGCAACCAGGAAAUGGCUGAGCGAUUUAUAGAUAAUGUACCUUUAACAUUUAUGAGAUACUUUACUAACUGAUCUAACCGGCUUGAUAAACUUGAUGAAUGUCUAUUGGAGAAUAAAGGCAGUUACAUAUGCAGCUUUCUGUUUCCAAAAAUCCCAAAAUUCUCAACACCAAUUUUACUGAACUGAGAUCAACAUUUCAGCACGCCUAAGCAGCACAAAAAGACAUAGUUAUUGCAAACGUUUUACUAUUAUAGUGUAUAGUAGCAACAUAGUCUCUUUUGAAAGUUUUUCUUGAGUGUUUGAAAAUCUGAAGUGUGUGAACUUCAAUGGAACCAAAUGAUUUUUGUUUUUUGUCUUGCCUUCAGCGUAAGAAAUGCUUUACAUUCAACUGAAACGUACUGUAACUCUUGGCACGCUCAACACCAGCUUCACAAGGUAGUGACCUGGAAUGAAUUUCAAUUAUCAGGUGUGCCUUGUUAAAAGUUCAUUUGUGGAUUUCUUAAUAUUUUUGAGCCAAUCGGUUAUUGUGCGGAAAACUUCAAGAACUUUCAAAGUUUCUUCAAGUGCAGUCGCAAAAACCAUAAAGCGCUAUGAUGAAACUGGCUCUCAUGAGGACUGCCACAGGAAAGGAAGACUCAGUGUUACCUCUGCUGCAGAAUAUAAAUUCAUUAGAGUUAACUGAACCUCAGAUUGCAGCCCAAAUAACAGAGGAGACUGCGUGAAUCAGGCUUUCAUGGUCAAAUUGCUGCAAAUAAACCACUAAUAAAGGACACCAAUAAGAAGAAGAGACUUGCUUAGGCCAAGAAACACGAGCAAUGGACAUUAGACCGGUGGAAAUCUGACCAUUGGUCGAUGAGUCCAAAUUUCAGAUUUUUGGUUCCAACCGCUAAAGGUGAAUGGAUGAUGUCCACACGUGUGGUUCCCACUGUGAAGCAUGGAGGAGGAGGUGUGAUGGUGCUUUGUUGGUGUCACUCUCUUAUUUAUUUUUUAUAUUCAAGGCAAACUUAACCAGCAUGGCUACCACAGCAUUCUGCAGCAAUACACCAUCCCAUCUGGUUUGAGCUUAUAAUUUGACUUCAACAGGACAAUGACCCAAAUCACACCUCCAGGCUGUGUAAGGGCUAUUUGACCAAGGAGAGUGAUUGAGUGCUGCAUCAGAUGACCUGGCUUCCACAAUCACCUGAACUCAACCCAACUGAGAUGGUUAGGGAUCAAUUAGACCGCAGAGUGAAGGAAAAGCAGCCAACAAGUGCUAAGCAUAUGUGGGAACUCCUUCAAGACUGUUGGAAAAUCAUUCCUCAUGAAGCUGGUUGAGAGAAUGCCAAGAGUUUGCAAAGCUGUCAUCAAGGCAAAAGGUGGCUACUUUGAACAAUCUAAAAUAUUUUUUAAAAAGUUUUUGGUUACUACAUGAUUCCAUAUGUGUUAUUUCAUAGUUUUGAUGUCUUCACUAUUAUUCUACAAUGAAGAAAAUAGUAAAAAUAAAGAAAAACCUUGAAUGAGUAGGUGUGUCCAAACCUUUGACUGGUACAGUAUAUAUAUAUAUACAGUGCAUUCGGAACCUUUGACUUUUCCACAUUUUGGUACAUUACAGCCUAAGUCUAAAAUGCACUACAUAAAACAUUUUCCUCAAUCUACACACAAUACCCCAUAAUGACAAAGGGAAAAUAUAUAUAUAUUUUUUGCACAUGUAUAUUGUAACGGCCCUGGGUUUAUACGCGCAGAAAUAGACUCUGCCGCACGAACGUGCUUUUGCGGCACAGUCGAUAGCGCGCCGGACCUCGGACUCGCAGGUCGAGGGUUCAAGACCUGCUCCCUGCUUUUUCAUUACAAUAUAAAAAAAUGAAAUAUCAUACUCACGUAAGUAUUCAGGCCCUUUGCUAUGAGACUCGAAAUUGAGCUCAAGUGAAUAUUUUUUUCAUUGAUCAUCCUUGAUGUUUCUACAACCUGAUUGGAGUCCACCUGUGGUAAAUUCAAUAGAUUGGACAUGAUUUGGAAAAGCACACACCUGUCUAUAUCAAGGCUCGCAUAGUUGACAGUGCAUGUAAGAGUGAAAAUCAAGCCACGAGGUCAAAGGAAUUGUCCAUAGAGCUCCGAGACAGGAUUGCGUUGAGACAGAUCUGGGGAAGGGUACCAAAAAAUGUCUGCAGCAUUUAUUAAGGUCCCUAAGAACACAGUGGCCUCCAUCAUUCUUAAAUGGAAGAAGUUUGAAACCACCAAGACUCUUCCCAGAGCUGGCCGCCUAGCCAAACUGACAAAAUCGGGUGAGAAAGGCUUUGGUCAGGGAGGUGACCAAGAACACGAUGCUCACUCUGACAAAGCUCCUCUGUAGAGAUGGGAGAACCUUCCAGAAGGACAACCAUCUCUGCAGCACUCCACCAAUCAGGCUUUUAUGGUAGAGUGGCCAGACGGCAGCCACUCCUCAGUAAAAGGCACAUAACAGCCCGCUUGGAGUUUUCCAAAAAGGCACCCAAAGGACUCAGACCAUGAGAAACAAGAUUCUCUGGUCUGAUGAAACCAAGAUUGAACUCGAAGGCCUGAAUGCCAAGCGUCACGUCUAGAGAAAACCUGGCACCAUCCCUAUUGUGAAGCAUGGUGGUGGCAACAUCAUGCGGUGGGGAUGUUUUUCAGCGGCAGAGACUGGGAGACUAGUCAGGAUUGAGGGAAAGAUGAACGGAGCAAAGUACAGAGAGAUCCUUGAUGCAAACCAGCUCCCGAGCGCUCAGGGCCUCAGACUGGGGCGAAAGUUCACCUUCAAACAGGACCACGAACCUAAGCACACAGCCAAGUUUUUUUAUUUGUAAAAAAAAUUGCAAAUAUUAAAAACCUAUAUUUGCUUUAUCAUUAUGGGGUAUUAUGUGUAGAUUGAUGAGGGGGAAAACGAUUUAAACCAUAUUAGAACAAGGCUGUAACGUAACAAAAUGUGGCAAAAGUCAAGGGGUCUGAAUAAUUUCCGAAUACACUGUGUGAGUAUACGCAACCCUAGAUUUGUGUCAAGGCUAAAUCUCGUGGAACUAUGAAAUAGUAUGAAUAAAUUCCUCAAAACACGUUUCAA